GUGCGCGCGGCGGCGGGGCAGCCGGGCUCGGCUGAGUCAGGACGGUCACAGGAGGCAGCGGGGAGGGUGACCGACGGGCCGGAGCUGCAGCUGCGUAGAGGGAAGGAGCAACGGCCGGGCUGGGCGGGUUUCUAGGGUCGGGUAGAGGCUAAACCCCCUCCCCGCCUCAGGCCGCCCCCGCCGGCAUAGCCCCCCCCGUGGGGAGUCACCCCUCACCCUCCCCUCGGGGAGAGACCCCCCUCUCCCGGGAGAGACCCCCCCGCAGCACCCGGCUCCCGGCAUGGCUCUGCUCCAGCGCCUGGCCCGGCUCGCUGCCUACCUGCAGGACCCGCAGAAAGUGGCCGACUUCCAGCGUCUCUGCGGGGUGGAGGGGCCUCCGGGCUUGGCGGCCUCCCCGCCCCUCGCUGAGGAGAGCGGGGCGCCGGGGCCGUUAGCCAACGGCAGCUGCCCCGCCAUGAACGGCGGAGGGGAAGGCGAUGGGUGGCCCUGGCUCAGAGCCGCCGCUGGCGGGGAGAAGCGGCCCCCGAAGGGGCUGGGGAACGGGGCGAUCCCCGAGGGAGCCGGCGGGGAGGGACCCCCGCAGCAGACCUGGGGGAGGAGGCAGCCGCGCCGCAACUCCCUGACCGGGGAAGCCGCCUGCCAGGAGAUCGCCAUCCGCAACUCCUUCCUCUAUUAUCUGUUCAACCUGGGCACGGAGCUGGGCAACGAGCUCUUCUACAUCCUCUUCUUCCCCUUCUGCAUCUGGAACCUGGACGCCUGGAUGGGCAGGAGGCUCAUCAUCGUCUGGGUCUGGGUUAUGUACCUGGGCCAGUGCACCAAGGAUGUGAUCCGCUGGCCACGGCCUGCCUCCCCUCCCGUGGUGAAGCUGGAGGUCUUCUACAACUCCGAGUACAGCAUGCCCUCCACCCACGCCAUGUCGGGCACUGCCAUCCCUCUGGCCCUCGUCCUGCUCAGCUACGGCAGGUGGCAGUAUCCCCUUAUGUAUGGUCUGAUUCUUGUGAUCUGUUGGUGUUCCCUGGUUUGUUUUAGUCGAAUUUACAUGGGAAUGCACUCAAUUUUGGAUGUUAUUGCUGGAUUUCUAUAUGCUAUUCUCAUCUUGGUUGUCUUCCAUCCAGCUGUGGACCUGAUUGAUAACUUCAAUUUAACUUACAAGUAUGCACCACUAAUUAUCAUCAGUCUUCAUUUAGCCUUGGGGGUUUUCUCUUUCACUCUUGACACCUGGAGCACAUCACGAGGAGAUACAGCUCAGAUUCUGGGUUGUGGUGCUGGAGUUGCUUGUGGAUCUCAUUUUAAUUACAUGUUGGGUUUAAUGCAAGAUCCUUCCCCAGAUACAUGGCCUUUAAUUCCUCCCUCCAUCACUGUGACUUUAUUUGGAAAAGCCAUAUUGCGGUUAUUGAUUGGAGUAGUACUACUAUUGUUAACAAGAAUGAUGAUGAAGAAAAUCACCAUCCCACUGGCCUGUAAAAUGUUCUCUAUACCGUGUGAUGAUAUACGACAAGCAAGGCAGCGCAUGGAGGUUGAACUUCCCUAUCGCUAUAUUACAUAUGGAAUGGUUGGGUUUUCUCUCAUGUUUUUGGUUCCUUGCCUGUUUCUUUUUAUUGGUCUUUCUUGAUGUAGACUUAUUCACUUGACAAGGGAAGAAGGGAGGUAGUUGCCUAAUGUAAGAAAAUGUGCACCGGUUUGCUAUUGGCAGACUUGUGAACUUUGCUUUAGCAGGGACUUUAACAGCAAUACAUGAUAGGCACUGCAUUUAAAGGAAAUUGCACAUCUUAGGUAUGGUGUCGGGCCAAAAGCCAAGAAUUACUCUCCUGAGAAGUGCUAUACUCUAUAAAUGCCAUGUCUAUUCUUAUUGCUGUAAUGAUGUGUGUGUAUAUAUACAUGCAGUACAUAUAUAUGUGUGUAUACACGUACGUAGUGAAACAUACAUCAUGCUGUAAUUGUAUACUUUGGCAUAUUGCAAAGGUGUCUGACAGCUGAUCAGAAAGUUCCAUUUGUGUUCGGUUUAAGUCCUUUCAUAAUAACUUACCAGUUAUUGAACAACAAACAGCUAAUGGAACAGCUUAUGUGUUUUCCUCCAUUCUUCCCCAAACUCAGUUGUUUAUAUAGAUGGCAUUUCUAAUGGACCAAACUUGCAGUGAGAUCAGUUGUAAAAACUAAAGUUAUUUCCUUCAAUCCCUUCCACAAAAUAAAAUGUCUAGGUUGACAUUGGUUUUAGGUAUAAAUAAAACUGUUAGAUUCAGGUACUGUAUUUUAUGGCUUAAUAAUUGUGCCUUUCUGUUGCUAAAUUAAGAAAUGCCAUAUACUGUGAUGUAAAAAUAUGACAACUAAUUUUAUUUUAAGUCAUACAUAAUUAGGCAGAUAUUUUUAAAUGUAGGUGUCCACAUAUUUGAAUGGUUAAUUUUGACUAUACUGAUCACAAUUUAGCUUAUAUUUAAAAUUAUAUAGAUGGAAUGAGCUGAACAGUGAAUCACUAAGCUCAACAGGUUGUGAAUGGACAAUAAUUCCCUUUUGUAGGUAUUUUUAUGUGCAUUGUCAGUUACUGGUAGAGGAUAUAUUUUUCUGCAAAUUGUCUUAAUAGUUUAUAUACUGGACAGGUAUGUCCAAUAUUAAGGAAUAAAUUAUAAACAAUAACAAUGCACACCCUAGCUAUAAAUGGCCUCAUUUGUUUUGUUAUUCCAAACUGAUUUUAAAAGGCCACUAUUUUUAGAGGUGUACUUAAAAGAUCCUCUUAUCUUGGCUUUAGAAAAAAUAUAUAAUUUUUUAUGCACAAAUUGAAUAUAUUGUAGUUCAAGAAGUCUUACCAUUUUUACCCAUACCUAGACAAAAUAUAUAAAGGUCAAAGCAAAUUUCAUUGUGAUCAUUCUAUAAUAAAUUAAACUAAGUGUUUGACGCAAAGUCAACAGCAUGGUGAAUGCAUAAACUAUUUGUGCAUAACGGGGUUGUUUUGAAUGGCUUUUAACAAUAAUGCACUUUUCAGUUUUAUAGCGACCUCUUUGCUGCUGAUAAGUAAGAUGCAAUCCUUGGACUAUCUAAUUUUACAUGAACCUGGGAUUUGAAUUUCAUUUUGUCCAUAUGAUUGUUUAGGUUCACGUGUUGCCUAAGCGAUAUGUCAGGAGUUGUUAUUGCAAUGUUGCAGUAUUCUGACAAGACAUAACUUGUGUUGUGUAUCCAUAUUAUAUGUUCAGGAAGAACCUUAACUUGAUUAAAAGCUUUCUGUUCUAGCUUAGCUAUUCACUUUAAUGUAUAGUUUUGUAGAGGAUAACUUGGAAUUGGAACUUUUUGAUUUGGAGAUAUGAACUCUACACUCUAUUAAUAAUAUGUAUAUUAACAAAACUUAGUAAAGGCACUGACUGACUUCCUAUCUCUAUCUUAUUAGACCAGUCAGUAGAUCUUCUUAUGGUACGCUGACAUCUGAAGUUGUGAAAAUUGAACUUUUCAGAUGUGCAUUUAGAAUGCACUAUUGGUUAUGAAUGUAUUCCACUGUGUUCAGUAUGUUAAACCACUAACUUUUUUUAAUAGUUGAAGAGGUUUUUAGCUUGCAAAAAAAAACUUGGUUAGCUUGUUUCAGUACUUAUUUGUGUAUUUAUGAUUUUCUAUCUAUUCCUUUAUUACAGUUUUAUGCUUAAUGUGCAGUAGAAGUUAAAUCCCAUUUCCAAAGUGUUGAGAGAGGAGAUUUUGUACUGGUAUGGUUCUGGAUUUAUACUUGCAUGUUCUGAGCAAAUAACUAGGGAGAUUAUAUAAAAAGGCUUUCUUCCUUAAAGCCCUGAAGAGAUAAUUUGUAGCUCGUCAUGCUCAUUAAAUUGGCCCUGCCAGAGGUAGAAAUAAUAUUUGUAGAAUGGUUUCCUUUUCUUUAAAUAGCCUGGCUUUACUCUUCUAGUGAAGAAUGUUUAAAUAGUAGUACAAAAGGGCAGUUAUACAAGAACUAAUUGUUCCAAGUAAAAAAUUGCACUCAUGGUUUAUAGGAACUUGAAAUUCAAAGCAUGGGAUUCCUCUUAAGGCUGAGUUUAUAGUUGUACUGCACUGUUAUAUCAUGAAUGCAAAAGAAAUCUCAGUUGCUGAGAAAGCUUAGUGUGUAGUACCUAUAAAAUCACAUGCAGUCAUGGUUUCCAGAAGAGUAGGAAAAAUUGCACUGUAGUUCUACUGUUACUCCUGUAUAUUUUUAUAUUUUGUACAUUGCAUUUGGUAGUUUUAAAAUGUCAUUCCUCGUGCACAGAGUAGUUUAUUCUACAGGAAAAAUGUACAUCCAAAUGUCAAUUUAUAUAGCACUUUUACAAUCCUGUCCUUAGAUCAUUGCUACUUACUCCAGUUUACAUGAAAAUGGAAUAUUAAAACCUUUCUUUCAUGUUUUAUAAGGGGGUUGGAUCAUGUGGGUAGUGUAACAGAAGAUGCCAUGCAAUACGAAAGCAGUAUGGGGCAGGGAAAAAAGGCAGAAAUGCAAACAUUUAACAAAGUUGAACUUUAAAGAAAGUUCAUAUGAACAUUUGAUUGAAAGUCUAAUUUCGUUUUGUGGUUAUAUUUUCCAAAAUGAUUCCUCCAAAUCUGUAAUUAACACUUGGCAAUUGAUAUAACUUGAACGUUUUAAUUGGCCUAAACAGAUAUUCUAUUCCUUUAUCGUUGGAGUUGAACAUAAAAAACAAAGGCUUAUAGUUGGAAUUUCAGCUUGUACCAAAAUAAAAAAAUUAUAUAUGCUUUAAAAUGAUGGUGGUUAGCAGUCUUUUCAGAGUGGGAAUACACUUGAAAGAACUUGAGGAACUUUUAUGAGGUGUAGUGUGAGAACUUAAUUAUUCAAAUAUAACUGUGCUAGAGAACUUUUUCAAUUCCAGAUACUAUUUCAACUUUUAGGAAUAUGCUAUUCUUUAAAGAAGUAGGGCUACAUCCAUUACUAAAAGAUAUUAGAAUAUUACAUUUGAGUUGGGUUUUUUUGGUUACUAUAUGCAAUUUAAAGACGUCUGAAAAUGUUAAUAUAGGGCCUAAUUUAGCAAAGAAUUUUCCACAAGGCCAAAGAGGCUCUAAAAUAUUGACUUGUAUGUCUGCCUUAAGAAUGGAAGCAAGAUGAAUUUUUUUCUGACCUGGCGCUUAAAUAAGACUAAUAUAUGUAUUACACUGUCUUUAAAAAAUGUACCCAAUCUAUUACUUUUUCAUGUUUACAGUAUAACUACCACUUUUGCUUCCUAAACUUACGUUGAUGUUGAGCUGGUUUGUUUUAUGCAGUCAUGUACAAGGCUCUUAAGCGUUUGAUCACAUUUGCCUUAUUCCUUAACUUGCUAAUAAAUUAAAAAAAAAAAAGAAAAGGUAUUUUAAAGGUAAAUUGGCAAACCAAAAGUAACUUUUGCUUUGUUUUAAGUUUACUUGGACUUUUCCUUUUAGGUAUAGCUUUUUUCUGAAAGCUAGAAAGAUGUUUUUUAAAAAUAACAUCUCUAAAUGUACUUUUUUUUUUUUUUUUUAACCACAACAGUGUUAAUUGUCCAGGUUUUAAAAAUUGUCAUUUUUUCUUUUU